AAAUCCAUACAUCCUGUCCAUCUCUGAAUCUUACCUUAAAUCAUUUAGUUUAAAUGUGAGUGUAUAAAUCUCAUGUGAAUACAACUUCUAAUGUUUCAUUUGAAACAAAUGGUCCUCUAUUGGUGACCGGAUCAGCUGAGGACAGUGUAGUAGCCUGGUUAUACAAGCCAGCCCUUUUAAGUGGAGUAUGUCAACAUCUUCUGAAAUGUGCUAAUACAGCCCUUGACAUUCCAGUAAGUCUGCAGCAGCACCUUUAGGCAGUUAGCAGAUAUGAUGUGCUAGAAAAUCCAUACGAUUUCACUGAUCACACAGCAUGAGGACCGUUAAAUGUAACAGCCAGAAGAAUACGACCGACUCUAUCCAAAUAACGCACUGCUGUACUGCACCCUGUCCUGCACCCUUAGCAUUUGGCUGUGACUCAAAGCUGUGGAGUUGACAGAAGGUAAUCCCCACCAUGUGAGGCCUCGGCCCCAGUUUGGAGGCGGGGUGUGAUUCAUUCAAAUCUGCCGGUGCUAUAAAAAGAGGGGAAGUUGCAAGUAACCCAACUUCAACCCACAAGAUCGUGGCACAGCUCAAAACCAUUCGGGUUGUUAUUCUAAGUGAUAAUGAAUACUAUUAAAGCUAUUAAAAAUGCAAUAGUCUGUCUUGUCUUGCUGCCCCGUUUUCUGAUGGCAGCGGUCAUGUUCUGGCUGCUUGACUUUCUAUGCAUAAGGAAAAGGGUUUUCUUCAGGACGAAGGAGCAGGAGGGCGAUGUCAUCGAUCCUCCUCUGUGCAUAUCGGACUCAAAUCGUCUCUUCAGCCUGGAGUCCCUCAAGGCAGUGUGGCACGGCCAUAAACUGGACUUUCUAAAAGCAGCGCAUCUCGGACAUGGAGCGCCAAACACCGAAGUUGUACAGCUGGAGGAUCAGCGGCGCAGCCGCAUCCUCGAUUACGCAAAAGACAAGAGACCGCUCAUCCUCAACUUCGGCAGCUGCACCUGACCGCCGUUUAUGGCGCGUCUGAAGGCUUUCCAGGGAGUCGUGCAGCAGAACGCAGAUAUAGCAGACUCUGUAGUAGUGUACAUCGAGGAAGCGCACCCCUCCGACGGCUGGAUGAGCACUGACGCGCCCUAUCAGAUCCCCAAACACCGGUGUCUGGAGGACCGGCUGAACGCUGCGCAGCUGAUGCAUCUGGAGGUACCCGGCUGCAUGGUCGUGGUUGACAGCAUGGAAAACUCCUCCAACGCUGCGUACGGAGCUUAUUUCGACAGACUUUAUAUACUGCAGGAGGGAAAGAUUGUUUACCAGGGUGGCAGAGGACCUGAGGGGUAUCGGAUCACAGAGCUCAGAGACUGGCUGGAUCAAUACAGAGAAAGGCUGGAAAAAUCCAAUAAUCUAGUUAUCCAUGUGUAGAUUAAUUCUCAUCUUUUUAGAGCUGCUAUGACAAAAACAAAAAUGCUGCAGAUUUUUCAGUAUUAUAACUCCAUUUAGAUAGAUUUUCUCCCUCAAUAGUGUUUUAAGUGUAUUUAUUUUUUAUAUGGUUGGAUCAAAGUAAUUUGUUCAACAUUGUAGGAUGUACUACAGUAGGCUCCUUCGUGUCAUAUUGGACAUCUAUACAUCCUGUUAGGAUCCAUCCACAAACAGGUUAGUUUGUUUGGACCUUGUUUGUUUGUGAACAAAAGUAUUUUGUGUGUCAAAAGUUUUGGUUUUAUUUCCUCUCCUCCUGUAAAUGCGUCUGUAAUGAGUCAGUCAGGACCUUGAGAUGUGCGCAUCACUGUGUUCGUCAGUAUUGUUGUGAAGUUCGGUUUUUAAACGGACUGAAUCCAGAGAACCGAGACUGAUGUUUUUCAUACUGGAGAUCAUGGUGAAGGUGCCACUCUCUACCCUGCAUGGCGCUACUCUUUUUGUAAAUAUCGUUCCGUUUUAUGGAUAUAUUUUUCAUACAAUAAAAUGUUUUGAUCUA